GGGGGCGGUGCCAGAGCCCGGGCGGGACCGGCACCGGCACAGUCCGAACGGAGCGGGGCGGGACCGGGGCGGGCCUGGCAGAGCCCGAACAGAGCGGGACCGGCGCUAGCGCAGCCCGAACGGAGCGGGACCGGAGCGGGACCGGCACAGCCCGAACAGAGCGGGAGCGGAGCCGGAGCCUCCGGAGCGGGCAGCGCCAUGGCCGAGAGAUGCGAUGUGGUCGUGGUCGGGGGCGGCAUCUCAGGUCUUUCAGCAGCCAAGCUACUGACUGAGUCAGGCUUGAAUGUGGUGUUGCUGGAAGCCAAUGACAGAGUUGGUGGAAGAACUUUCACCGUAAGGAAUAAGCAAGUUAAAUAUGUGGACCUUGGAGGGGCUUACGUGGGGCCAACACAGAAUCGUCUCCUGCGGCUCUCCAAAGAGCUGGGAAUAGAGACAUACAAGGUGAAUGAAGUUGAGCACCUGAUACACCAUGUCAAGGGUAAAUCUUACCCCUUCAAGGGCCCAUUCCCUCCUAUGUGGAAUCCCUUGGCCUACCUGGACUACAACAACCUCUGGAGGACCAUGGAUGAAAUGGGGAAGGAGAUUCCCAAUGAAGCUCCAUGGAAGGCUCCACAUGCAGAAGAAUGGGACAAAAUGACCAUGCAAGAUUUCAUAGAUAAAAUAUGCUGGACAAAAGCUGCCAAGAGUUUUGCAACUCUGUUUGUGAACGUGGAUGUCACUUCUGAGCCCCACGAGGUCUCUGCCCUCUGGUUUCUGUGGUACGUGAAGCAGUGUGGGGGCACAACAAGAAUAUUCUCAACGACCAACGGGGGACAGGAGAGGAAGUUUGUUGGGGGCUCUGGGCAGAUCAGUGAGAGGAUCACGGAGCGCCUGGGCGGGCGCGUCAGGCUGGGCAAGCCGGUGGUGCGCAUCGAGCAGUCCGGGGACGGCGUCAUCGUGGAGACCCUGGACCACCAGCUCUACGAGGGCAAAUACGUGAUCAGUGCCAUUCCCCCAGCUCUUUGUUUGAAGAUUCAUUUCAACCCACCUUUGCCCCCAAUGAGGAACCAGCUCAUCAACAGAAUCCCCAUGGGCUCAGUCAUCAAGUGCAUCGUGUACUACAAGGAAACUUUCUGGAGGAAGAAGGGAUAUUGUGGUACCAUGAUCAUUGAAGAUGAGGAUGCUGCAAUUGGUCUAACACUUGAUGACACUAAGCCUGAUGGCAGCUUUCCUGCCAUAAUAGGCUUCAUUCUUGCUCGGAAGUGCAGAAGACUGACAGGUCUCACAAAAGAAGAAAGGAAGACGAAGCUGUGCGAGCUCUAUGCAAAGGUUCUGGGAUCAGAGGAAGCUUUACAUCCUGUGCAUUAUGAAGAGAAGAACUGGUGUGAAGAGCAGUAUUCUGGGGGCUGCUACACAGCCUACUUCCCACCAGGCAUAAUGACUCAGUAUGGAAGGAUCAUUCGGCAGCCCUUUGGCAGGAUCUAUUUUGCUGGCACAGAGACUGCCACUGAGUGGAGUGGGUACAUGGAGGGGGCUGUCCAGGCUGGAGAAAGAGCAGCCAGAGAGAUACUCUUUGCUAUGAGGAAGAUCCCAGAGAGUGAAAUUUGGAAGCCAGAACCUGAAUCAAUUGAUGUGCCAGCUUUGCCCAUCACUACAACCUUCUGGGAGAGGAACUUGCCAUCUGUGCCAGGACUGCUAAAGCUGAUUGGAUUUUCCACUUUCUUCACCUCUGUGGCUGCAGCUGGGUUAUUUGCCUACAAAAAGGGACUUCUGGUUCGAAACUGAAUAAAGACUGCCAAAGCUUUAGGAAAUCUCUGUCUUUACAGCCAUGUCUUGCUAUGAUUGUGCUGUGGACCUUGCCACCACUGUGGGAUUGAAAAAAGGAUUUGCUGCUGUUUUCUCAACAUUUUCCACACAAAGGGAACACGUGGCACCUUGUGUACAUGGAUGCCAGUGUGACGAGAAAUUGAAAAAUGGAGGUAGAGAAUCAAGCUGCUUCCCUAUGGGUAGAGGGAGCUGUUAGGACUGGCUUACAUUUUUGAAAUUGAAAUUCAUGCCAACCCUUUGAAGAGAGGAAUGAAGUUUUAAUGGAUAACCAGUCGUGCUCUAUUCUUAAUUUACUAACGCAUUUGAUGAGACAACUGCUAUCAUGAAAGUUCCAAGAGUUUACCAGCUUUGUAAAAUGUACUGUAGGAACAACCAUGGAAAUAAUUGUGUUUGUCUCUUAUGAACUGAACUGUGUUACCAUGCAUAUUUUGUAAUGCUCUUAAGAGUUUACAAAAAAAAAAA